AUGCACGGGAUAGUUAAAAAGAAGAGGAAAAUGCAUGCCAAAGAAUCUAUGGAUGAGUUGCGCGCCAAGUUGGACGACGUUACAAAACAGGUGGCAGAAUUAAAGGCAGUGAUACAUGACUCUGGGAAGCAAGUCAUGGACAAUGUGAGCCUGAGAGUUCAGAAUAGUAGUUCUGACUCGAUGCCAACCUUGGCUGCUAUAAAGAACCCCACUCAGUGUAAAUUGGUGUUACCAUAUGGGGCACUGGAUCAGAAUUAUGCUACUGGCUUGGUCUUUCCGUAUGGGGAUGGGUUAAUACACUCACUCCCUUUGCAUGAAAAUCACAUGAAAGUGUUAAUAGACCAAAUCAACAAAGACUUUCAGAGUCUUCCUAUUCCUGUAGUGACUGAUGAAGUCAGUAAUCUUCAAAAUGCAGUUGGCCAAAUAAUUCAAUGGCCACGAAAUGCUAUUAUUCUGACUCAGAUUCAAGGAAGAAAGCAACAAAAUUCGACUCCAAGUUUGCCACAAACCAGUGUAGGGGGUUGUACAGGAAAGAACACACUCACUCCAAUGAACAAAUCGAAGCCAAUUGAAUUACUACGUGAGCGAUUGAAGAACAACCCACUAAUUCAUGUCGUAGCUGAUUAUGGCAUUCUAGAAACUGACAAGUUUAAGUUUUGGGUAGCACAAGAUGAAAUUCUUUGUUUGUUAAACAAAAGAACACUUGAUGUUACCAUUCUAACCGUUUGGGAGAUGAAUCUACAUUCCAUUGCACGUGUGAAGAACAAAUGUUCUUUCCUAAACCCACAUAGGAUUCUUGGGGCAAGCUGCCAAGAAAACCCGGAAGCUGUUAUAAAUUACAUUGUUGAUGCGAUGCGGAUUCAUCAAGGGAAACAAUUUCUCAUCGCUCCAUAUCUACAAAGUGAGCAUUGGGUCUUGUUCGUGAUUUGCCCUCAUAAUGGCACCGGGUACAUAUUGGAUUCAAUUAGGAGUCCUGUACAAAAGCCUGUGGAUACCUAUUACCUAUUGAAGAAACAUGUUGACAUGGCUUUUGCAAGGUAUGGGAAAUACACAUCAAAUCCAAUCAGUUGGACGCUCGCCGAGUGCAACCAACAACCGGACGAUUGGGAAUGCGGCUAUUAUGUAAUGAAAUGGAGGAUGGAUUUUGUGAUGGUUGAACAACACGGAUUCUUGAGUAGAACUGCUACCCCUUGGAACGACACCACUCAUUUUUCGGAAACCACCUUGUUUUCAAUUGUUGUUAAGUGGGCAACACAAUUCCUGAACAAAUAUAUGAAAGGUGUGGUUUCCUAG